GCACCAGGCUCACAAGAGGCUUGGACAGCCGGGACGGCUGGGGAUGCCCAGGCUUCUCGGAGCGCAUCGCAGCACAGCCCGUACUCACAUCCCUUCCCACUGUCAGGUAGCUCUGCCGCUGUCCUGAACCGGACCUCACUUCCGCAAAGCCCCAAGGGUCGAACUUCACCAUGGCUCCUGGGGAGAAGAUCAAAGCUAAAAUCAAAAAGAACUUGACUGUCACAGGUCCUCAGGCUCCCUCAAUAAAGGAGCUGAUGAAAUGGUACUGUCUGAACACCAAUACUCACGGCUGCCGGCGGAUUGUAGUGUCCCGGGGCCGUCUCCGCAGGCUUAUUUGGAUCUUGUUAACGCUCAGCGCCGUGGGGCUUAUUUUGUGGCAGUGCGCCCUGCUCGUCCUCUCCUUCUACACUGUCUCUGUCUCCAUCAAGGUCCAUUUUCAGAAGCUCGAGUUCCCGGCUGUGACCAUCUGUAACAUCAAUCCUUACAAGUACAGUGCUUUGAAAGAACUUCUGGCUGGCUUGGACCAAGAGACCAAAAAUGCCUUGAGGAAUUUAUAUGGACUUUCUAAUAUCAAAUCUCGGAAGCGGCGGGAGGCUAAUUCCUCACAAUCAUCUGAGGGAGACAGCCAUUCAAAGUUCUUGAACAUCCUGCCACUUGUAGUCUUUGAGCCAGAUGAUACAACCAAGGAAGCCACUGACCUCCUGACUGGAAGAAAGCGGAAAGUCAGUGGUACCAUUGUCCACAAGGCAUCAGAUGUUAUGCAUGUACAGGAGACCAAGAAAACUGUGGGCUUCCAGAUGUGUGAAAAAAAUGGCACCAGUGAUGACUGUGCAACUUAUACCUUCAAUUCUGGGGUCAAUGCCAUUCGGGAAUGGUACAAGCUGCACUACAUGAAUAUCAUGGCGCAAGUGCCCCUGGAGAAGAAAAUCAACAUGAGCUACUCUGCAGAGGAAUUGCUAGUGACCUGCUUCUUUGACGGGGUUUCUUGUGAUGCCAGGAACUUCACUCUUUUUCACCAUCCAAUGUAUGGGAAUUGUUAUACCUUCAAUGGAGACAUCAAUAAGACUGCCCUCAAUACUUCCAUGGGAGGCAGUGAAUAUGGACUGCAGGUCAUUCUUUACAUAGAUGAAGAAGAAUAUAAUCCCUUCUUGAUAUCAUCAACUGGGGCUAAGGUUGUUAUCCACAGGCGAGAUGAAUAUCCUUUUAUUGAAGACAUAGGAACAGAGAUUGAGACAGCUAUGGCCACUUCAAUAGGAAUGCACCUGACGGAGUCCUUCAAGCUGAGUGAGCCGUAUAGUCAGUGCACCAAGGAUGGCAGGGACGUGCCUGUUGAGAGUAUCUACAACGCCACCUACUCCCUCCAGAUAUGUCUUCACUCCUGCUUCCAGAGGCAUAUGUCCGAAAAAUGCCAUUGCGCCCAGUAUAGUCAACCUGCACCAAAAAAUGUCUCCUACUGCAAUUACCAGAAACACCCCAACUGGAUGUACUGCUACUAUAAGCUGCACCAGGCAUUUGUCCAAGAAGAGCUGGGCUGCCAGGCCAUCUGCCGGGAACCUUGCAAAUUUAAAGAAUGGUCUUUGACCACCAGUCUGGCUCAGUGGCCAUCUGACAUUUCAGAGAAGUGGAUGCUGGAUGUUCUCACAUGGGAUAAAGGCCAAAAAGAAAACAAAAGGCUAAAUAAGACAGAUCUAGCCAAACUCUUGAUUUUCUACAAGGAUCUGAACCAGAGAUCCAUCAUAGAGAGUCCAGCCAACAGUAUUGAGAUACUGUUGUCCAACUUUGGGGGGCAGCUGGGGCUCUGGAUGAGCUGCUCCGUGGUCUGUGUCCUUGAAAUCAUUGAGGUUUUCUUCGUUGAUUCCCUAUCCAUCAUUACCCGACGCUGUUGGCAGAAGAUCAAGAAGCGGUGGGCCCAACGGAACACUCAGCAGGGCCAGUCAUCCUCUGGGAACCUUGAGGACCUCGCUGGCUGUGAUAAUCCAGCCUGUGUUCUUGAUGAUGAUUUACCUACCUUCAAUACAGCUCUGAGAUUACCGCAAGCCCCAGGGACCCAUGUGCCUGGGACCCCACCGCCCAAGUACAACACUCUGCGCAUUGAAAGGGCCUUUUCCAACCAACUUGAAGAUACCCAAGACUCAGAAAAUGCCUGAGGUUGAGGGACUUUUUCCUUCUGCUAAGACCAAGGUGGAGUCAGUUCUUGUCUGUGGGCAGCUGGUUGGCGUCUUCCAUGGACACUGCACUUCUAAUUAGGGCCAGACCCUCCCUGCUGCUAGUCUGAGGCUCUAAUUCUGCCCCUGGAGCCUGCCUAGCAGACACAGCCAGGAACAAAACCUCUGAACCUGAGAGAAAUGCUAUUGCCCAUUUUUCUGAAAUGUUGAUUAAGACUCAUUUUUGAAAUGUACCAAUGGGCCCCAGCCAAAGGCUAAUAGCUACCCAGACAGAGUUGUCUCACCAACCCAUUGCUACUGACAGAUGCCUCAUUUCUCUCAUGGCUGAGAUGAAGGAGGGAUCCAGAAUCAGAGCUUCCAUAUCUUUGGGGAUUUUUUUCUAAAAGGCAAAUUUAGCCUUGAUUAUAGGGAGAAACCUUCACACAAGUGGAGCACACUGCCUUGGGCAGUUGUAGAUUCUCCCUCAAGCAAAUGCUAGAUGACCAUUUGGGUACAGUGGAAAGGGAGUCCUUUUUUCAGAUAAAGAUUGGACUAGGUCAUCAUUGAGGUCCAUUUGAAUCAUGAAAUUCUGCAAGGCAGGAACCAAGGAAGUGUUCUGUAAGAACUUUGCAAACGAGAGGCAAGGAAGCAUGAUCUAAAAAUCAUAGCACUGAUAUGGCUGCAGAACUGAGGUAAGCAGGCUAGCCAGAAAAGGGCUCAGCCCCACUUACUCUCGAUUGAGUAUCACUAGGGCAAAAAAAGAGGUUUUUCUCUCAUGGUCAGACUGACUGUGUAGGAUAUUGCACCCUGGGAACCUCAAUAGUGUAGAAAGGUGUUCCUGGUCUUUGACUGAUGCUGCUUUUUAAAUGAGUUAUUUAAAACUGUGUGGCUUGGAAAGUCUGUCCAAAUGAGAGAUCUAUUUUUGAAUAAACUUUGUUUGUUUUUUUAA